UUGAACAGCUCCACAGUAUUUGUAAGUGCCUUGCGAGAGGGAUAGUUGUGAUCAGCUCAGGAAGGGCUCAGGGACUCUGUCAGGAUGGCUCAGCUCACUGAGACUGAUAAGGAGAAUAUUAAAGUGAUAUGGGACAAAGUGUACCCGAAUGCAGAGGAAUCUGGGAGGACCAUUGUGAUCAGGUUAUUUGUCGACUACCCGCAGACCAAAAGCUAUUUCAAAAACUUGACCAAUAUCUCAACCUUGGAAGAGAUGCAGCAAAGCGCCGGCAUCAGGGCUCACGGGAAGAGGGUAAUGGUAGCGCUAAACAAGAUACUGGAAAACCUCAAUGACUGGGCCGUUGUCACCGAUGCGCUGUCACGCCUGGCCAAGAGGCACGAGGACGUGCACCGUGUGGAAGCCUAUAACUUUGAGUUGCUGUUCCUGGUUAUCAUGAACGUGUUCAGCGACGCGCUGGGAACUGACUUCACCGCGGAGCACUGCUCCUCCUGGAAAAAGCUCUUCUCUAUAGUGUAUGACUAUUUAUGCAGCUGUUACUCAAACUCUGCGCCCUGAACGCUUCUCUUUUGUAAAUGACAAUGUACAGUGGGGAAUUGCUUGUCUGUGACAUUAAUAAAACCUUUAUUUUAGCUGAUAGAGCUGGAAACCUACAGAACAAGUGCCGCAGUAUCAUGUAGUAUAUAAUGACAUAUAUAUGUAAUGUAUCCUGUCCUCUGACAGCCAAUAAACAAGCCUACUGGUGUCUGAGCUCAGCAGCCAAUAAACAAGCCCACUGGUGUCUGAGCUCAGCAGCCAAUAAACAAGCCCACUGGUGUCUGAGCUCAGCAGCCACCUGUGACCCCCACAGAGGGACAUUCCGUGAUUUCACAAGGGACACAGCCGUAGCUCCGGUCCCACUCACUAAAGUGACGUUCCAGUCUUGCAGAAUAUUAAUAAACUUUUCUUUAGUCUGA